CUGGCUUCAUACCAGAUAACUUGUGCCGAGGUGGAUCACUUCGUAAUCUCUCCUUGGGUUGGAACAACCUCACAGGUUUCAUUCCCAAAAGUUUGAGAAAUUGCACGAGAUUAGUCACCUUAAUCCUCCACCGCAAUCAACUUUUAGGACGGUGGCCAAUAGGAGGUUUCUCAAAAACCUCUUUGUCAAUAAUCGGUUUGUCCAACAACAAAUUUGAAGGUCCACUUCCAAUUCCAUCACCAUCCACAAAUUACUAUAAUAUUGCAAAUAAUAAAAUAGCAGGGAAGAUCUCUUCAUCAAUAUGCAAGGCCACCAACCUCAACUUCCUCAUCUUGUCUAAUAAUAGCUUAGAUGGUAGCCUACCCGAGUGCUUAUCAAACUUGAGCAUUGGUUUAUCAGUUUUGAACUUGCAAAGGAAUAGCCUUUCAGGCACAAUCCCUCGAACAUUUUCUCGACGAAGCAGCUUGAGAACUCUUGACUUGAGUGAAAAUCAAUUUGAAGGAACAUUACCACAAUCCCUUGUCAAUUGUACAAGGCUGGAAGUUCUGGAUUGUGGCAACAAUAAGAUAGAGGAUAAGUUCCCAGCAUGGCUGGGAAAACUGCCGAAGCUAAAAAUUCUUAUUUUGAGGUCCAACAAUUUUAAGGGUUUAUUAGAUUUUCCAAGGGUAGCUCAUCUCUUUCCCCAGUUGCACAUUUUGGACCUUUCGAACAACGACUUCGUUGGUCCUUUACCAGCCAAUUUGAUAGAGAAAUUUCAAGGGAUGAUGAAUGGACAAAAUGCACAUGAGCCGCAAGACAAAUCAUUGUACAUGAGGCAGGAAGUUGGAUUUGGAACAUGGUUCUAUGAAGAUUCCAUUAAUGUGAUCAUGAAAGGAAGGGAGAUUCAGCUAGAGAGGAUCUUGACCAUCUUCACAACCAUCGACUUAUCGCUCAACUCUUUUGAAGGGAACAUCCCGAGUGUUAUUGGAAAUCUUCAUUCUCUCAUAGGGCUCAACCUUUCUCACAAUCACCUCAUGGGCUCCAUUCCUUCAACCCUUGGAAAUUUAACUAACCUUGAAUGGCUGGAUUUAUCUUCAAACAAGCUUAGUGGGAGGGUUCCUAGAGAACUUGGAGAUUUGUCAUUCCUUGGGUAUUUGAACCUCUCAGAGAACCAACUCAUAGGCUUCAUACCUCAAGAUAAGCAACUAAGCACAUUCAUGAGUGACUCAUUUCGUGGAAACCUAGGUUUAUGUGGAACUCCAUUACAAAACACAUGCCACGGUGAUGAUCAGCCUCCUCCUCCACCACAGUCGUUCUUUCAAGAGAAUAGUACAAGAGAGCAUGGAAGUGGUUUUGAUAGGAAAGUAGUUGGGAUAGGAUAUGCAUCCGGAAUUGUGAUUGGAAUCUCCAUAGCGUACAUUUUAUGUGAAACUGGAAGACCCAGAUGGCUUGUGAGAAGAGUGAGGAGGAUGGAGAGGAGAAUCGAAUUGAUGAACAAGCCAAAGCAGAAGGCCAUCAAAUUUCAUGCAGGCCAAUGAAAUUGUUGAGAAGUGGUCCCUUUAAACUAUGUGUAAUGUAAGUUCAAGGAGUACACUUUUUGUCAAAUUGAAAUGCAAUUUUGCAUA